UGACGCGCUAUGUGUUAGACCUUUUUAUGGAUGAUCCAAAGCGGUCGACGUGGCACCACAGAUAUACUUAACAACAGUAUAUGAAGUUAAAAGCGAACAAAGUGGAACCAGAGUAACCUAGAGGGUGACCCAUACCGUUUCUAAAAGUCGAUAUUUUAAAAAUUCGUAGCUGAAAUUCAGGAAAUUGGUCAUACUUGAAUUGGCGAGAUGAGAAGAAAUAAAAUUAAAGUGAAAGUUAUUCAUUGCGUUUUUUAUACAGUUCAAAAAGGCACGCAAAAAGGCAAAAAGGCAUGAACAAAUAGCAAAAAGACUGACUUUUUGCACACACUGGUCACCCCCACUGGUUUAGAGAACGGACGUAGACGACUAAAAGUUGGCGUGAUCCUGCAGGGUUAGAUCAGCUUAAUAAAUGUGAAGUAAAUUUUAAAGUUUUUUUUUCAGGAGGACCCAGUGGGGUUUUUGGAAUUGGUUAAAGAAGCUGCAAUUUUGUAGCGACUAUUGCGAAUCAUUCGCAAUCAUCAAAAAUUUUCCCAUAAUACCAACUAUUAGUAGUUGGUACCGAUCACUUGACAAACAGUUAGAAGUGGACUCUGUCCCUGUCUCGGGCUAUAUAAACACUGCACACUGUAGGUUUUACAUAUAGAAUUCCAUAGAGCAUGACUACACAAGUUGCAAACAAUAUGCAAAGGCUCGGUGAAGUGUGUUAAUAUGGCUUAUCUGCGGAGAUAAGCAUCGUUUCAAAAUUAGUCAUUCCAUCACAAUUUUAUAGGUCACGUAUGGAUUUUGUAAAAGUACGUACAAUUUAAAAUAUGUGUAAUAUCAUGAUUUUAACAUGAAAGCUGUGUUUUUUUGUAGCUGUAUAAAUGAUUUGGAUUGCGUCAAAGAUUAUUGUUUCGCAAUAUUUAAAAUAUUUAUGUACAAUUUUCGCAAGAUCAGUGAAUUUGAAGUUAUUCACGUACACACGAAGAUAUGUACAUACCUACACAUUUAUAUUCUCUAUCUCGUACAAGCAUGGUUUUUAUGUAUCUAUAUCACUCAUAUAGUCAAAAUAAAACCAGGUUUUGUUGAGCUUCUCCAAAAUAGAUAACUACAGAUUUAUGUAGCUUAGCAUAUGUUCGUGCAAAUUAAUUUUCUACAAAAAAAUCAUUCGCAAAUUACGGUUAAAAAGUGCAUUGUUCCCAUCCAAUUCGAGGUUUACGGCAGAAAUCGUGCGGUUUAAGACUGACGAUCUACCGGACUAAGGCGAAAAUAUGAGUGGAAGAUCAAAGAAAUCAAAAGCUACUGCCACCACCAAGGAAAUUUCAUCGAAGCCGGAACAAAGCAAGUCAACUAAUAUCACCAAUGCACCAAAACAAGCAGGGCCAAACAGUGGGAAAAAACAACCAACUGUAAAUGCACAAAAUCAGGGAACCAGUGCCAACAAACAAAAUCAGGCCAUUAUCAAAACUCCACAAAAGCAAGCAUCAUCUAGCAAUGAACAAAAUCAGGCAAGUACCAGCAAUCCACAAAAGCAAGAGACCAGUCCAAACAAACAAAAUACGGAGACCACCAGCAAACCACCAAAACAACCAAAUGCUACAAAUAAACAAAAUCAGCCAAAUACUGGAAAUACACAAAAACAAGCAACAAAUAUCAAUUCACAAAAACAGGCAGCAACUAACAAUUCACAAAAGCAGGCUGCCAUAAUAAAUGCACAAAAACAGAAAAUUGAAACUAAUGCACAAAAACAGGCAGCCAUAAUCAAUGCACAAAAACAGAAAGCUUCAACAUCAAUCAAUUCCCCAAGUCAGAAAAGUGCCACCAACCCAUUAAAUCCUGCCCCAGUCGAUAAGACAAUUCCAAACAAAAAUUCAGGCAACCAAGCACCAAGUAGCACAAGUAGACCAGAAAAAAAGGUGACGAACAAUAUAAUUUAUUACACGGACAAAAAGGCGCAACUUGGUAAGGGUGGUUCAUCCACCGUAUAUGAAGGCUACUUCGAAGUACCUACUCGAAAAGCAGCAGUAAAAGUUUGCGACAUUUCCUAUGUCACCUACUCCGCAAAGAGCAAGGAAUUAGAAACCUUGAGGAAAUUGGCAAAUAAUUGCCCAAAUAUUGUAGGCUACUUCGCUACGGAGGACAUUUCCGACAAAAGCUAUAUUGUCAUGGAACUCGCAAAAUUCACGUUAGAACAUGCCAUUCUAAACGAAAAAACCACCACAGACAUGCUGCAGCAAUGGUGUACAAAUGCAACAAAUGGGCUAAUGGCCAUGCAUGCCGAAAACAUUUUACAUCGCGACAUAAAACCAGCCAACAUACUCAUUUUUGAGAACAAUAUUGCAAAAUUAGCAGACUUUGGGAUAAGUAGAGUUAUACAAUCGGACACAAAAGGUGCACCCACCGAUGCGGUGCUAGGAACUGGAAUUUGGAUGCCACCCGAAGCUUUAAGGGUUUUUGAAACAGAUCAAAAAUUUGUGCUGUUCAAAAAUUUUGACAUUUUUUCCCUUGGGCUCACAAUCUUCUUCACAAUGACAAAGGGUCGGCACCUCUUUUCGGCCGGAAAUGAUGGCCCCGUCAAGAUCAUUAGUAACAUCAUAAAUUACACACCAAACUGGCCAACGGAAAUUAAGUGCACCUCACUAUGCAACUUAUUGAAAGCCAUGGUCAAUAAAAAACCUAAGUUACGACCGGAUGCUUCGGUUGCUUUAGAACAUCCAUUCUUCUGGGAUAACAAAAAAAGAAUCGAUUUUUUAUGGGCAGUCACGUCCGACCUGAAAAAUGCCACCAAGGCGAUGGACGCUAGCACAUGUAAGACAGAAAUAACUCAGACGCACGACAGGUUUUGCAAUUCGUCUCGAACCGACAAAAACUGGAGGUUAAGAUUGUGUCAAGACAUGCAAGAUUUUAUGACUUGGAAGGAUAAAAAUAGGGCCGAUAAGAGUAAAUUGCCUUUAGAAAACAAAAAGUAUGGGAAUUCACUUCUUAAGUUGGUGGAGUUUAUUAGGGAUUAUAGAGAGCAUUAUAAAGAUUGGAAUGAAACGUAUGAAAACGGAAAGUUGAAGAUGGAGAAAGUAUUUGGAGCAGAUGGAGCAAAAUAUGUGGAGUAUUUUUUAACCAAAUUUCCAGAAAUGGUCACCAUUCUAUAUACUAUAUUUCAAGAUGAGAAAUAUCGAGGUGUACAUCUUAAACCAUUUUAUGCUUUGAACAAGGCUUGCUUUGAAAAAUGGUAAAGUUAUUAUGCAUACACACAUAGAUAUUCGUGAUCAAUAAUCAAGACACAAUAUGUACAAUGUAGACGAAUAGACCAAUAAAUAAUGUACAUCAAUGGGGAA